CUUUGCUGUAUAGCUGGCCCAGUGCAGGGCAACGGUCAGCUAGAACUGAAGUGCUGAGAUGGCAGUCAACAGGAGCCCGACCAUGAUGGAUGGAAACCAACCAGAGCAGGAAAGUGUAAUCCAGAGAGUCUUUCAGUUACCUGUGGUAAGUGGCACCUGUGAGUGUUUCCAAAAGACCUACACCAGCACCAAGGAAGCCCAUCCUCUUGUGGCCUCUGUAUGUAAUGCUUAUGAGAAAGGUGUACAAGGAGCCAGCAACUUGGCUGCAUGGAGCAUGGAGCCUGUGGUCCGACGGCUGUCAACACAAUUCACAGCUGCCAAUGAACUAGCCUGCCGUGGAUUAGACCAUCUGGAAGAAAAGAUUCCUGCUCUCCAAUACCCUCCAGAAAAGAUUGCCUCUGAACUAAAGGACACCAUCUCCACCAAGAUCCGAAGUGCCAGAAACAGCUUCAGCGUCCCCAUUGCCAACACUUCAGAUAAGGUCCUAGGGGCAGCUUUGGCUGGCUGUGAGCUUGCUUGGGGCGUGGCACGGGACACAGCCGACUAUGCUUCCAGCACCCGGGUGGGUCAGCUGGCAGCUGGAGGGGCAGACUUGGCCCUAAGCAGUGUUGAGAAGGUGGUGAACUAUUUGAUGCCAGCACCCAAGGAAAAUCCAGCCCUGGUCCUGGAGCACCCUAAUUCUCCCCAAGUCCAGCAGAAGCUGCCAAAGCCAAAGCCCAGCUUCCUUCAAAGAAUUGGAACUUUAACCAACACUGUCUCCCAGCACACUUUUCAGAACACAGUCCAGACCCUCCGCUGGGGCUAUGCAUUAGCCAAAUGGAUCCCAGGUGUAGCUCCAUUGAGCAGUAUGGCCCAGUGGGGUGUGUCAGCUGCCCUGCAGGUGGUGUCAAGACCCCGAUCCACAUCAAGGGGAAACUGGCAGUACAACCAGGUUCAGGAAGAGGAGGAUGACGAGGAGGAGGAGGAAGAAGAAGAAGAGGAGGAAGAAGAAGAACUUGAAGUGAAGAAGGAAGAGAACAAACUAAAUGAGGUGAAAAGAAUGAGCCAACCCAGAGGCCUGUUAGGCAGUGUGGUUCAAACUUUGCAGUCUGCCUACUUGACCACUGUCUCCACUGUAAAGUGGGCACCCUUUGCCAUCUGGAACAACACUGCUGGAAGGCUGCUUCACCUCACUUCUGGUCAGGAGCACUUUGCCAAAGGCAGGGCAAUGUCACUGUCAGAUGCCCUGAAAGGUGUUACAGACAAUGUGGUGGACACAGUGGUGCACUAUGUACCGCUCCCCAGGUUAUCACUGAUGGAGCCAGAGAGUGAGUUUCGGGACAUAGAUAACCCCCCAUCUGAGACUGAUCGAAGUGAAGGUGCCAAUUCACCCACCCCUGAGAUCCCAAACAAACUACAGCACCGGGGAAGCCUGAGGAGUACCCGGAACUCCAAUGCUCUCUCCUUCCUGGGCCUAGAAGAUAAACUUUUUACACAGCAGAAAAUACCUGCCACCAGCCGCUCCAUGUUCUCUUCCUACCACCGAGAGAAACCUACCCGACGUGUCAGUGACAGCUUCUACCGGCCCAGUGUCAUGGAGCCCAUCUACAACCGGAUCCACCACAACCAGCUUUACAAGAAGAACUGACCUGCGGGACCAGUCCUUCCUUGGUGCCCUUGGUUGGUCUCACUGGUUAGUGUUUAUGCCCUGCUACCGUUGCCAUUCCCAGCUUAUUCCUGCUGCCUCCACAGAGAAGAGCAAAGCCUGGAUCCUAAGAGAGCUCAAUCCAGCGACCUCUGCAUUUGCCUACAACUUACAUACUCAUUCAUUACUUCGGCAGAAUCCUAGAUAU